GGAACCCCUGCAUGAAGGAUCGGAACACGCAGGAGCUUGCUCGUGAUCAAUCAUGCAAGGGAAGAAGCGCGACAGGCUGUAUGGAUGCUGUCACUCCAAGGGCGGUGAAGUCACGGUUUUGUCGCUUUCAGACGAUGAGGGUGACAACGGCUGAGUAACGGCUGCCGGACGACAGGAUCGUGUUCCCAAAGCAACUUGGAGAGACACGAAAGCUAAAGCCCUGCGGAUCGAGGAGUUCGAAAAGCCUUUCUAGCUAUAAGGCGAGUAAAUCGGUCUCUUGCUGUACAGGUGCACGGCAUGACACUACUUGAGCCUUGCGCACGGAGCCCGUUACAGGACAAGUAUCACCAAUUGGCGACCAGAAAGAUGCUCAGCAUGACACGUAGUACGACCUGCUACGGUAGCAAUCAUGUUACCUGCGCACGUCAGGCAACUUUUCGACACAAGUCAUCCUGAAAUAACCAUCCCCGCUUCCAAGGACUGUUCGGCGCUGUUGUGCGCAGCAGCGCACCUGAUAUAUCCUAGGGAUCAACAGACGCACCUCGCGUCGUACUUCCCCAUCGUUCCCCCGGUGGAUCGCAUCGCUCUCUGCGUCUCCAGCGCGGACGUGAGCGCUCAGCAGCGUGCGCAGUUGCAACACGCGUUCGAGACAGCACAAGACUUCCCCGAGAUUGACCUCAGACCGGGCGGGCGGAAGUCUUGAUGGAAGGCAAGAGUAUUCAUACGUGCGCGGAGACUGGUGCUGGAAUCAUGGGCGACAAUCCGUGACGCGUGAUGUCUAUUAACGCGUUCCUGCCGCAUGCGUACAUAGAUAUCUGCUCGCCCCCUGCCCUACGCCGUUCAUUUCACCUCAUCCGUACACGGUCCGGUGUGUUCAUUGCGAUAGAUCAGAGCCCCAUAACCGUGAGUUGCUACGGACACUCCGACAGCCAACGGAUCUAUCACGCCCGUUUGGGUGAUCUGCAUAUAUGCGCAAGGAGCGAUUUCUCUGUGCCGAGCAAGUCGAUUUGCACGCCUUCGCCCGUCGUAUCGCAGGGGAAGAGGGUCACUGUGAACGGGCGAUAGACGGUCCUGUCCCUCGUCGCUGCGAGUUUGAGCACUAGCUGGAUGGCGGUCGAGCGUUCCUGCGCGUUUCAGCAGAUGGCGAGACAGCGCCGGGGAUGUCAACGCCGGUGCCAGAGGGGGCGUCCAGAUGACGGGCGGUCGACAGCCGGCUCCACAGGCGUGCGGAUCCAGCACAGACGCACGCGUCAGACGAGCCCGCGCACCAUUUCCUGCACCUCCGCGUCCACGCCACCCCUCCGCCCCCGGCCCGGCAUCAUCUGCGAGCCGCUCCCGCUGCCAGACGCCGUGCCCACCAGCGUAUCCUCCAUCUCGGCCUCUUCCACCGUCCGUGUCGUCCCGAGCCCGACGGAUCCCCCCGACCGUGUCCCCCUGUUCCCACUCCCACUCGUGUUCGUGCCCCCGCUGCCGCUGCCACUUGCGCUCUCGUUCCCACUCGAC